UGCCUUUUCACAUCCCCGGCAUGUUACUCGUCCUACACACAAUAGGCACUCCGACACGGCGCGUUCCAAAGCACUUGUAGGGGGCGUGGCUCGGCGAAUCCACAGCGCGAGGCCGCCUUCGUCCCCGCCCCCGCCCUGCAGGCCCCGCCCCCCGCAUGCCGAAGGCCAUAUAGGCGAGUGACGUCAGGCCGUUUGUUGUCAUUAGCGGCUCCCAAGAUGGCGUCCAUCGUGGAAGGGCCGCUGAGCAAAUGGACUAACGUGAUGAAGGGCUGGCAGUACCGUUGGUUCGUGCUGGACUACAACGCAGGGCUGCUUUCCUACUACACGUCCAAGGACAAGAUGAUGAGAGGCUCUCGCAGAGGAUGUGUUAGACUUAGAGGAGCUGUGAUUGGUAUAGACGAUGAGGACGACAGCACCUUCACAAUAACUGUUGAUCAGAAAACCUUCCAUUUCCAGGCUCGUGAUGCAGAUGAGCGAGAAAAGUGGAUCCAUGCCUUAGAAGAAACAAUUCUUCGACAUACUCUCCAGCUUCAAGGUUUGGAUUCAGGAUUUGUUCCUAGUGUUCAAGACUUUGAUAAAAAACUUACAGAGGCUGAUGCAUACCUACAAAUCUUGAUAGAACAAUUGAAGCUUUUUGAUGAUAAACUUCAAAGCUGCAAAGAUGACGAACAGAGAAAGAAAAUUGAAACUCUCAAAGAAACAACAAAUAGCAUGGUAGAAUCAAUUAAACACUGCAUUGUAUUGCUUCAGAUUGCUAAAGACCAGUGUAAUGCGGAGAAGCACGCAGAUGGAAUGAUAAGUACUAUUAAUCCUGUAGAUGCAGUAUAUCAGCCUAGUCCCUUGGAACCCGUGAUCAGCACAAUGCCUUCUCAGACAGUCUUACCUCCAGAACCUGCUCAGCUGUGUAAGUCGGAGCAGCGUCCAUCGUCCCUGCCAGUGGGACCUGUGUUAGCUACCUUGGGGCAUCAUCAGACUCCAACACCCAAUAGUACAGGCAGUGGGCAUUCACCACCCAGUAGCAGUCUGACUUCUCCAAGCCAUGUCAACUUAUCUCCAAAUACAGUCCCAGAGUUCUCUUACUCUAGCAGUGAAGAUGAAUUCUACGAUGCUGAUGAAUUCCACCAAAGUGGCUCAUCCCCGAAGCGCUUAAUAGACUCUUCUGGGUCUGCCUCCGUCCUGACGCACAGCAGUUCGGGGAACAGUCUGAAGCGUCCAGAUACCACAGAAUCACUCGAUUCCUCCAUGUCCAAUGGAACAAGUGAUGCCGACCUCUUUGAUUCGCAUGACGACAGAGAUGAUGAUGCAGAGGCAGGGUCUGUGGAGGAGCACAAGAGUGUUAUCAUGCACCUCUUGUCACAGGUUAGGCUUGGAAUGGACCUGACUAAGGUAGUUCUUCCAACAUUCAUUCUUGAAAGAAGAUCUCUUUUAGAAAUGUAUGCAGAUUUUUUUGCACAUCCGGACCUGUUUGUGAGCAUCAGCGAGCAGAAGGAUCCCCGGGAUCGAAUGGUUCAGGUAGUGAAAUGGUAUCUCUCAGCCUUUCAUGCAGGAAGGAAAGGAUCAGUUGCCAAAAAGCCAUACAAUCCGAUUCUGGGCGAGAUCUUCCAAUGUCACUGGACACUACCUAAUGACACUGAAGAGCAUGCGGAGCUAGUUUCGGAAGGACCAGUUCCCUGGGUUUCCAAAAGCAGUGUAACAUUUGUGGCUGAACAGGUUUCCCAUCAUCCACCAAUUUCAGCUUUUUAUGCUGAAUGUUUUAACAAGAAGAUACAAUUCAAUGCUCAUAUCUGGACCAAAUCAAAAUUCCUUGGGAUGUCAAUUGGUGUGCACAACAUUGGGCAGGGCUGCGUCUCGUGUCUGGACUAUGAUGAGCAUUACAUCCUCACCUUUCCCAACGGUUACGGAAGGUCCAUUCUCACAGUGCCCUGGGUGGAAUUAGGAGGAGAAUGCAGUAUUAAUUGUUCCAAAACAGGCUAUAGUGCAAACAUCGUCUUCCACACUAAACCCUUCUAUGGGGGCAAGAAACACAGAAUCACUGCUGAGAUUUUUUCUCCAAAUGACAAGAAGUCUUUCUGUUCCAUUGAAGGAGAAUGGAAUGGUGUAAUGUAUGCAAAAUAUGCAACGGGGGAAAAUACAGUCUUUGUAGAUACAAAGAAGUUGCCUAUAAUCAAGAAGAAAGUGAGGAAGUUGGAAGACCAGAAUGAGUACGAGUCUCGCUGUCUUUGGAAAGAUGUCACUUUCAACUUAAAAAUAAGAGACAUUGAUGCAGCAACUGAAGCAAAGCACAGACUUGAAGAAAGACAAAGAGCAGAGGCCCGAGAAAGGAAGGAGAAGGAAAUUCAGUGGGAGACAAGGUUGUUUCAUGAAGAUGGCGAGUGCUGGGUUUAUGAUGAGCCAUUGCUGAAACGUCUCGGUGCUGCCAAGCAUUAGGUGGGACAGUCUGCCCCUGACGUCCAGGGCAGUGGGUGUAAUCACGCAGCAGUCCUGCGGGAGAACCUCGUCCCCCCCGCGUGUCGCCAUGGCUCUUAUCUCAGGGAUACUGGACUUGCUGGCGCAGAUGAACAAGUGCAGCAGGACAAGCCUCCCUUUCUUCCUCCGUGGCAGUUAAUUUUGACUUCAGUCCUGAGACAAACUUCAUGUUUUGAAAACAUGUCUGCUCCUUUUCAAAGUCCUUGCUCUGAAAAGCAUUUAUAAACCCAAGUCUCAAGCUCUGAGCUCUAGUCUUGCUGUUAAGAUACACAACCCAUUUCCUAGUUCAUGUAAUUUCAGAUUCUAUAAAUAUAUAUAUAUAUACACACACAAAUAUACUUGAGAUUUUUUUCAUAUACUUCAUCUGUUGUAAAUAUUGGUUUCUCAGAUGUUUUAGAAAAUUAGUGCAAUGUACUCAAAAUGAAGUGUUAAGGAAAUUUCAUGUUUUCACCUACAAUAACUUUUAUUUUGGAAUUGAACUGUUAUUAAAUUGUAUUUAACCCUGGAUUACUGUUUAA